GAUCUGGGAGCGCGGGCGGGGCCGGAAGCCCAGCCACUCUCGCGAGGCCAAGGCAGAGCGGAGCCGGGAGCUCUGGGCACUGUGGAGGUCGUUGGAGUCACUUGCUCGCUGCCAGCACCUUCAUCUGCCGGUCCGCACCCCGCCUGCCCCAGCCAUGCUCUCCGCUCUCGCCCGGCCUGCCGGCGCCGCUCUCCGCCGCAGCUUCAGCACCUCGGCCCAGAACAAUGCUAAAGUAGCUGUGCUAGGGGCUUCCGGAGGAAUUGGGCAGCCCCUUUCGCUUCUCCUGAAGAACAGCCCCUUAGUGAGCCGCCUGACCCUCUACGAUAUCGCUCAUACACCCGGAGUGGCCGCAGACCUGAGCCACAUCGAGACCAGAGCAACUGUGAAAGGCUACCUCGGACCCGAACAGCUGCCAGACUGCCUGAAAGGGUGCGAUGUGGUGGUUAUUCCAGCCGGAGUCCCCAGGAAGCCAGGCAUGACCCGGGAUGACCUGUUCAACACCAAUGCCACAAUUGUGGCCACCCUGACUGCUGCCUGUGCCCAGCAUUGCCCUGAAGCCAUGAUCUGCAUCAUCGCCAAUCCGGUUAACUCCACCAUCCCAAUCACAGCAGAAGUUUUCAAGAAACAUGGAGUGUACAACCCCAAUAAAAUCUUCGGUGUGACAACCCUGGACAUCGUCAGAGCAAACACCUUUGUUGCCGAACUGAAGGGUUUGGAUCCAGCUCGAGUCAACAUCCCUGUCAUUGGUGGCCACGCUGGGAAGACCAUCAUCCCCCUGAUCUCUCAGUGCACCCCCAAGGUGGACUUCCCCCAGGACCAGCUGACGGUGCUCACGGGGCGGAUCCAGGAGGCCGGCACGGAGGUGGUGAAGGCCAAAGCCGGAGCAGGCUCUGCCACCCUGUCCAUGGCAUAUGCUGGUGCCCGGUUCGUCUACUCCCUUGUGGAUGCAAUGAACGGAAAGGAAGGAGUUGUUGAAUGUUCCUUCGUUAAGUCACAAGAAACGGACUGUACCUAUUUCUCCACGCCACUGCUGCUGGGGAAAAAGGGCAUUGAGAAGAACCUGGGCAUCGGCAAAGUCUCCUCUUUCGAAGAGAAGAUGAUCGCCGAGGCCAUUCCUGAGCUGAAGGCCUCGAUCAAGAAAGGAGAAGACUUUGUGAAGAACAUGAAGUGAGAAGCACUUGAGAGCAGCCAGUUUCCUUAAUUUAUUAAGGCAUCGUGUUCACUGUAAAGCCGUGUCAGAUACCUUUGUAUUUUAAUUCAUUUCGAUGAUAAUUAUUAAUGCAGUCAUCCUUUCCAAAUCGUGGGUGGGUCUGUUGGCACGUCAAUAAAAGCAGUCUUUGAUUUCCUUUUUCAAGGCCCCUUCUGUAAA